AUGAUAUUUUACUUAAAAAAAAAAAGUAAUUAUUCACCCCAAAUUUUCUUAACUUGUGUAACAGGAGAAUGGUGGCACAAAGAUGUGGAAGAGGUAGAAAAGCAAGGAAACCAAAUGGGGUUACCACCAAAUAUGUCUGAUGCACAUACAAUCAAUGGAAAACCUGGACCACUUUUUCCUUGUUCAGAAAAACAUACAUAUGCUAUGGAAGUUGAGAAAGGAAAGACUUAUCUACUUAGAAUCAUCAAUGCAGCACUAAAUGAUGAACUUUUCUUUGCAAUUUCUGGUCACAACAUGACAGUAGUUGAAGUUGAUGCUGUUUACACAAAACCAUUCACAACACAAUCCAUAUUAAUUGGUCCUGGUCAAACCACAAAUGUUUUGGUCAAAGCAAAUAAAAUUGCAAGUAGAUAUUUCAUAGCAACAAGGACUUUUAUGGAUGCACCACUUUCAGUUGAUAACAAAACAGCAACAGCUAUAUUCCAAUACAAAGGAGUUUCAAACACUAUAAUCCCUUCUUUUCCUUUACUUCCUUUUGCAAAUGACACAAAUUUUGCUUUAAACUAUAGCAAGAAAUUAAAAAGUUUGAACUCUGCUAAAUACCCUGUUAAUGUUCCUUUAAAGGUUGACAGAAACCUUUUUUUUACUAUUGGUUUAGGCAUGAAUUCUUGUCCAACAUGCAUCAAUGGAACACGUUUAGUUGCAUCACUUAACAAUGUUACUUUUGUGAUGCCAAAAACCGCACUUCUUCAAGCUCAUCACUUUAACAUAAAGGGUGUUUUUAGAACUGAUUUUCCUGAUAAGCCUUCAACUCCUUUUAACUAUACCGGUGCGCCGUUGACGGCGAAUCUUGGUACUUCAAUAACAGGCACAAGAGUUAGUAAGAUUGCGUUUAAUUCAACGGUUGAGAUUGUUUUGCAGGAUACUAAUCUUCUCACUGUUGAAUCACAUCCAUUCCAUCUUCAUGGUUAUAACUUUUUUGUUGUUGGAACUGGUAUUGGUAAUUUUGAUCCUGCUAAAGACCCUGCUAAAUAUAACUUGGUUGAUCCUAUGGAGAGGAACACUGUUGGUGUUCCCACCGGUGGUUGGACUGCUAUUCGCUUCAGGGCUGAUAAUCCAGGUGUUUGGUUCAUGCAUUGUCAUUUAGAGUUGCACACUGGUUGGGGUUUGAAAACAGCUUUUGUUGUGGAAGAUGGGCCAGGACUAGAUCAAUCUGUUCUGCCACCUCCUAAAGAUCUUCCAAAAUGCUAAGGCAUGAAAGAAAUUGUUGAAGAGAUCAAGAUUGUAUGGAACAAUUCACAGUGAAAUAACCAAUUAUCAUUUAUUAUAUGCUAAUGUACUUCCUACAGAAGUUCCAUUGAUUUUUUAAUUACAAGAUUGAAUGUGAGAAACAAUGCAAGCAAAUGUUUGGACAAUGUAUAAAAGUUGACGACUUACCAAAAAAAAUGUUAUGACCUGUUAUUUUUA